AUGGGAAAUACUGAUUCAAAAAUUGAUUUUCGUGUUGCUGUUGUUCAAUUAACAUCACGCAGUCAGCAAAUUGAAUCUAAUGAUGAAUCAUUUUGGGAUCAAUUUUGGUCGGAUAAAAUUUCUAGUGUUCAAGAUAUAUUUGCAUUAGUACCAGCUGCAGAAAUUCGAGCAUUAAGAGAAGAAUUACCAUCAAAUUUAGCAACUUUAUGUAAUAAACUUGUUGAUCGUUUACAAGUAGCUGCAGAAAAUUCAUGUCAAACCCAACGAGAUCAAACUGCUGCAAUUAAUUGUGUUCGAUUACUUACUCGUUUAUUACCAUAUAUAUUUGAAGAACCGGAAUGGCGAGGUUUCUUUUGGUCUGAUAUUCCUACUGGACAACAACAAACAACAUCAAAUGGAGAGUAUACUAAUAAACCACCGUUAGCUGAACGACUUCUUCAAACAUUAGCAGAUCUUUUAUUCUGUCCGGAUUUUACAGUUUCUUCAAAGAAGAAAAAAGGACCAGAUAAUCCGGAAGAUAUUCAUACAAUUGAUAGUUGUGAAUAUAUUUGGGAAGCUGGUGUGGGCUUUUCUCAAUCACCUGUACAUACACCAAGCAACGAUAAAAAUCGAACAGAAAUUCUCAAACUUUUACUUGUUUGUUUUUCGGAAACGAUUUAUAUGAAUCCAACAGCUGAAUUACAUUCUCAUUCCAAUAAAUGGUUAACUUAUUUUACAUCCGGUCAUAAUCGUCAAACAUUACCAUUAUUUACUUCGUUAAUAAAUAUAGUAUUUUCUUAUGAUCCGGUUGGUUAUUUACCAUAUAAUUAUCUUUUAUUUACUGAUACACGUGAACCUCUAGUCGAAGUAGCUGCUCAAUUAUUAUGUAUAACACUUGAUCAUAGCAGCACAUCAAUAUUAGCCGAUCAAGCUCCAUUAUCACCAACAAAUCAAUUAUCAUCAGGAGAUGAUUGCCCGAAUUUAUUUGUAAAUUAUUUAUCACGUAUUCAUCGAGAUGAUGAUUUUAGUAUAUUAUUAAAAGGUUUUUGUCGAUUAUUAAAUAAUCCACUUAUUCAAACAUAUUUACCUGGUUCAUGUAAAAAAAUUGGAUUCUAUCAAGAAUUACUUAUUUUAUUUUGGAAAUUUUGUGAUCGAAAUAAGAAAUUUUUAUAUUAUGUUUUAAAAUCAACGGAAGUACUUGAUGUACUUGUACCUAUUCUUUACUAUCUUAACGAUGCUCGUUCGGAUACAUCAAAAACGGGUUUAAUGCAUAUUGGAGUUUUUAUUUUAUUAUUAUUAAGUGGUGAACGAAAUUUUGGUGUAAGAUUAAAUAAACCCUAUAUUACACGUGUACCAAUGGAUAUACCGGUAUUUACUGGAACACAUGCAGAUCUAUUAAUUAUUGUUUUCCAUAAAAUAAUUGUUUCAGCACAUCAACGUUUACAACCAUUAUAUGAUUGUUUAUUAACGAUUAUUGUGAAUAUAUCACCCUAUUUAAAAACAUUAUCAAUGGUAACAAGUAACAAAUUGAUUCAUUUACUUGAGGCAUUUAGUUCACCAUGGUUUCUUUUUGCUGCAUCGGAAAAUCAUCAUUUAGUAUUUUUUCUUUUAGAAGCAUUUAAUAAUCUUAUUCAAUAUCAAUUCGAUGGCAAUGCAAGUCUUAUUUAUACGAUAAUUCGUAAACGACAAGUUUUUUUUGCAUUAAGUAAUUUAGCUACUGAUACACAAACAAUAUCAAAAUUAAGUUCAAAAUCUUUUGCGUCAAAUUCAUUAUUAAAAUCAAGUCCUGAUAAAUCCGAGAAAAAACAAAAUUUUUUUCAUACAAAUUCAAAAUCAAAUUUGGAUGAAAGCGCCACCGGGCAAAGAGAACAAUUAAUAACAGGAACAAUAAAUAAUGCUAUGAUAACAACAUUAGCAGAAACACCAUCUAUUCAUAAAAUGACUGAACGAACUUUGGCUGCUUCACCAAAUUUAGACGAUAAUCAACAUCUACAUUCGAGUACAGAUAAUGAAAUAUCACCAAAUGCAACUCAACCUUCUUCACCAACAUCACAACAUGGUGGAACUAUUUCAAAUCAAAAUUAUCAAUCAGAUAGCGGUAUUUGGUCACCAACAUCUCAAUGGGUGCAAUCUUGGAAAGGAAAAUUACCAUUACAAACGAUUAUGCGUGUUCUUCAAGUACUUGUACCACAAGUUGAAAAAAUUUGUAUGGAUCGUGGUUUAACAGAUGAAAGUGAAAUAAUUAGAUUUCUUCAACAUGGUACACUUGUUGGUCUUUUACCAGUACCACAUCCAAUUUUAAUUCGUAAAUAUCAACCAAAUACGGGUACAGUUAUGUGGUUUCGUACGUAUAUGUGGGGUGUUAUUUAUCUCAGGAAUGUUGAUCCACCUAUAUGGUAUGAUACUGAUGUAAAACUAUUCGAAAUUCAACGACUUUAA